UCACUAGUUUGUAUGUAAACAACGUUAAACCCUAAUAAAACAGCUGAAUCCAAAGGACGGGCCAGAACCUGAAGCCAUUUCUCUCGCGGGGCGUGGGGAAAAUGGCGGGUCCGUUGAUUCGAUCGCUCUGGUCCUCCGCGCGCAAAUCUCUAUCAUCCACCACCCACUCUUCUUCUCCGCCUCUCGCUCGAAGACCCUACCUACUCUCCCCGCACGGCGCGUCACUAUCACGCGCCUUCUCGGCGUUUCCGGACGCCGCCGCCGUCUCCUCCACCUCGCCGAACAGCUCGUUGGAUCCCAGCCGGCUCCGAAAUGUGGCGGUGAUCGCGCACGUCGACCACGGCAAGACCACCCUCAUGGACCGGCUGCUCCGCCAGUGCGGCGCCGACAUCCCCCACGAGCGCGCCAUGGACUCCAUCAGCCUCGAGCGCGAGCGCGGCAUCACCAUCGCCUCCAAGGUUACAUCCAUAGCGUGGAAGGAAAAUGAGCUGAACAUGGUCGAUACUCCUGGACAUGCAGAUUUUGGUGGAGAGGUUGAGCGGGUUGUGGGGAUGGUUGAGGGAGCAGUACUAGUUGUUGAUGCUGGUGAGGGGCCACUUGCACAAACCAAGUUUGUACUUGCAAAAGCUUUGAAAUAUGGGUUGCGCCCUGUUCUUCUUCUUAACAAAGUAGACCGUCCUGCAGUUUCUGAGGAGACAUGUAAUGAAGUUGAGAGUCUGGUUUUUGAUCUUUUUGCAAAUCUGGGUGCUACAGAGGAGCAGCUGGACUUUCCAGUUUUGUAUGCAUCUGCUAAAGAGGGAUGGGCUUCCACCUCGUUCACCAAAGAUCCUCCUCUUGAGGCGAGAAAUAUGUCGCAGUUGCUUGAUGCCAUCAUACGACAUGUUCCUCCACCAAUUGCAAAUCUUGAUGCGCCUUUCCAAAUGUUGGUUUCUAUGAUGGAAAAGGAUUUUUAUCUUGGACGAAUCUUGACUGGGCGGGUUUCUUCUGGAGUUAUCCGUGUUGGUGAUAAAGUCCAUGGACUUUGCUUCAAAGACUCGGGGGUUAAUAAAAUCGAAGAAGGAAAGGUUACGAAAUUGAUGAAGAAGAAGGGUACUAGCAUGGUUCUAAUUGAAGCUGCUGGUGCAGGUGACAUUAUAUCAAUGGCUGGGUUGGGAAAUCCAUCUAUAGGCCACACAGUUGCAAAUACUGAGGUCACAACCCCCUUGCCAACUGUUGAAUUGGAUCCACCAACUAUUUCCAUGACUUUUGGUGUCAAUGACUCACCAUUGGCUGGUCGUGAUGGUUCCCAUUUGACUGGAGGAAAAAUUGGUGAUCGGUUAAUGGCUGAAGCAGAAACCAAUCUUGCCAUUAAUGUUAUUCCAGGAUUAUCAGAAUCAUUUGAAGUUCAGGGUAGAGGAGAACUUCAACUGGGUAUUUUAAUUGAGAAUAUGAGGCGUGAAGGUUUUGAACUAUCUGUGUCACCACCUAAAGUGAUGUAUAAAAAUGAAAAUGGUGAAAAGCUCGAGCCAAUUGAAGAAGUUACUAUUGAGAUAAAUGAGGAACAUGUCGGUCUAAUUAUGGAAGCCCUGUCUCAUAGGCGAGCCGAAGUUACUGACAUGGGUCCGGUUCCAGGAAAUGAUGGCAGGACUAGAUUAUGUUUGACGUGUCCUUCGAGGGGCUUGGUUGGUUAUAGGAGUGUUUUUAGCAGUGACACACGUGGAAAUGGAUUUAUGCAUCGUGCUUUCUUAAAGUAUGAAAACUAUCGAGGCCCUCUCGGAAAUGUCCGCAAAGGAGUUUUGGUGUCAAUGGGCUAUGGUACAAUCACAGCUUAUGCACUGAUGAGUUUAGAAGCUCGUGGAACUCUUUUUGCGACUCCCGGGAUGGAGACAUAUGAUGGCAUGAUAAUUGGUGAACAUUCAAGGGACACAGAUUUAGAUGUUAACCCAGUAAGGAACAAGGAACUUACAAAUAUGCGUGCAGCUUGCAAGGAUGAGAAUGUGAAAUUAUCUCCUCCUCGUCUUAUGACUCUUGAAGAAGCUAUAGGAUACGUCGCCUCCGAUGAGCUUAUUGAGGUUACACCGAAGGCCAUCCGGUUGAGGAAGAAGUACCUGGAUGUGGGAAAACGUAAAAGCAUGAGUAAAAAGCCGAAGGAAUGAAAGCCUUUCUUUCAUAUACUUUUGUACCUUUACCAGAUACAAUCUCCGUAUACCUACCGGAACAGAGUGUAACAUUCAUUAUUUAAUCCAUCUCAAUUUUGAUGAUGCAAUUAUUCUUUGACAUUUGGUGAGAACAAUAAUAGAAAUGAUUAUGUAUUCUUCCAUUGGUAUGUACUAUGUAAUAACAUCAGAAGCGCAUUGAUGUCUUCAGUCUUAUAUGUAAUAUAAUUGCCAGCUAUUGGCCAUUUUAUUUGUAGGCUAUUUCUGGUAGAAAUUCAAUGGCAGUGAAAAUUUCAGGAGAAAUCUACAUUUAAUUUGCUUCAUAUUUGGGAAACGACAAAUAGAAGCCG